AUGGAAGUCAAAACCAAAAUUAUUAAUGUAAUUAGAAGAAAGUUCGGUGCUAUUCUGAGCGAAUCGUUCGAUGCAGGAUCGCGGUUUUCACAGCCGACGGCAUCACCGCAUUACGCAACGGACAUGAGGUCGCCACCGUUGAUGUCCCCGACACAAGCGCCUCUUCCGCCGCAGACCAGCAUGCCGCGUCCCAUGAGUAACGGGGACAUUGUCACACAACCAAUUCGAAUGGUUCCCACACCUCAACAACCUGUGAUUCCUAGCCAGUUCUUCACUUACGAGCCAAGUUUGCUUAUGAGUGUGCAUCCGGAUAUCUGUUUGGCUGGUUGUGUACUCCAUAUGUUCGACAUGGAUCGGAUAUUCACGGACAAGUUGGAUCUGCCGAACGUUGUGCUGGCAAUUCGAAUGCAUGGCGGCGAUAUUGAAUUUGGUGCAAAAGCAUAUGCUGAAAGAGCUGGAGCAAUCACUCACGUCAUCGUCGAGUCAAUCAGAACGCAACAUGCACACUUAGUAGGAUUCGGUGCGCUGAAGGAUCGUAAGCGACUGGUCACGCUACAGUGGUUGAUAGAUGUACUUAUGAAGAAACAAAUGGACGUACCAUGGCGGCAUGCUCAUCUGCCCUCGGUCUUUAUUGACGGCUGCCGUCCGUUACUCGGCAAACUGAUUUCUUUCUCCGGCUUCGAUGAGAGCGAGCGCGCUGCAAUGAAGUUCAUGGUCGAGGCGAUGGGAGCGCGGUUCACACCGUACCUUAGUCGACACAACAGUCUACUUAUCGCCAAGACGGCUGGAGUGGAAAAGGUUGAGAAGGCUCGUGAAUGGGAUAUUCAAGUGGUAAACUAUCAGUGGUUAGCUGAUAAUUAUGCAGGUCAAAGAGUAGACGUUGACAGCCAAAGAUAUCAGGUUGGUCAGCCGUGUGAAGGUGUCUCGCCUGGUCCAUACGCACUGGAAAUGAUAAAUGAUCAGUUCAAGCAACUUCUUUUGGCAUGGAAAAUGCCAGUAAUUGUAUCGCCAGAGCAGUGGCGGCGUUCAUUUGAUACGAAACAGGCUGUGGAGAAUGACGAAGGAGUGUUUCCGAAUAAGAAACUGCGAAUGCAGUCAUCACCACCGACCGAGGCGGAGAUUGCCGCCAGCGCUGAGGAGCGUAAAAAGUCCUCUGCUAGUCAUCCCGCAUACGUGGUUGCUUUCAACGGAAUCGACAACGAAAACAAGCACAUUUUAACUCAGAAAAUCCGCUUCUUGGGCGGAAGCACCUGCGAGCAAGUCUCGGAAUGCACUCAUUUGGUAACACCUAACGGCCGGCGAACGGAACGUCUUUUGGAGGCAAUAUGUUUAGGGAAGAAUAUUGUAAACCCGUACUGGGUAGUACACGGCUAUGAAUGUCAGCAAUGGAUGGAUACUCUUGACUACUUUCUACACGAUGAAGAUCAAGAGCGACAUUUAGGUUAUAACUGCAAGCGUAGUGUAAUAAGAGCGCGACAUCGGAAAGUGUUUGAGGAUGUUCAAUUCUAUAUUACACCAUCGGUUGAGCCUAGUCGAGCAGUAUUGACGAAGCUAAUCCGUAUUGCUGGCGGUAUUGUUCAUGAAAAUCGGCCAGCACCUGCCGACAUAGCGCGCUGUAUUGAGACAGACGCGCCAUAUAUCGUCAUCAGCUGUGAGUGUGACCUUCGAAUGGUUCAAUACCUCCUGGAGUGCAAUUUUCGUGGGUGUUCCUUUUCUUUCAUAAUUUAUUUUCACGCCGUUUACAACACAGAUCUUGUGUUGAUAGCGCUGAUAAGGCAGGAGCUGGAGCCACAUCCGUUGUACCGAGUGAGCACGACGUCGCUGACGCGGCCGCCGGCGCCGCAACCUCCGCCCGGGCAUCCGCACUACCGUCCGAUGCCUCAGCGCCCAAUGGUCGAGCAACCGCAACCACAUCGGGUGAAGGCUUAA